CAUCAAACAUGUCUGAAAAUAAAGGAUGUGCGUAAAACUUUGUUCAAGUUAUUGAGCCAUGAAGACAAAUUUAUCGAAUCGUCUCUGACAUUUUUCAAAUGGAUCAUCACCCGCCGACCUAUUAAUACCUGUCAUAUUUCAAGACCGGUGGUCGGUUAAAGGGCCUGAACACAAGGGCGUACCUGAACGCACACCACCGAAACACCGUAGUUUUCUAAAACUGGAAGUGGCGGGAGCUGAGCAAACGCUAUAUAAAUUAGAAACUUGUAGUUACAGUUUAGUUGCUUCUGUAAGUGAUAGUGCCGACGAUGGACGGCGAUAUUCAGGUGGCCGAACAGCUCGCAAAGGAGGCAGAGCAGUGUCUGGCUUCAUUGGCUCGGAAAAUGCAGUUGUAUCAGUCCAAGUUUGAUAUUUUCCAAAAGCAAGAGGCCCUGGCGGAGAAAGAAGAAAGGGAAUUGUUGCAAUGCAUCAAGGAGCUGAAAGACUUGGAACUCGUUUACAACCGCGAGUCGGAAGAUGCUCAUAAGAAGUUGGUUCAGAAAGGUGUUCAGUUUCAGGAGCUGACGAGCCAAGCCUCUGAACUUCUGUCCGAGAGGGCGCUGCAACUGGAGACGGCGCAGCUGCGCGCCUUGAUCGGCGAGCUGCAGGCCGAGGAGACCCGCCUGUCCCAGGAGACGGGCCCUUUCCCGGCCUGGGACCCGGCCGCCGUGCCCUCGCUGCUCGCCAAGUCGCGGGCGCUCAAGCAGACGUUCCAGGAGCUGGCCGCCGAGCACCAGCAGGUCGACCGGCCCGCGGUGCCCGCAGCGGCCCACGUCGGCGCGCACAACAUCGUCGGCGACCCCCAAGUGGCGGCCGCAGAGGUCACCGCGUUAUCGGCGCCGCCGAGGCAAAACCGAGAAUCCGAUUCAUGUGGAGCAGAUUGUGCUAGACUGUGA